UUCCGUGCACCGGAAGUGACCCUCGCGUGGGGAUUGCCCGGUCUAGCGAGUCAGGCGAGGGAGGGUGUGAGGAAGGGCGCGAGCCGUGUGUUAGUGUUCUCGAGUGCCUGCGAGUUUCUGGAGUUUCUGCGAGUUUCUCGAGGCGUGGACUCUGCGGUUUCUCCCAAGUUGUUAGGAAAAGCUAAGUUUAGAUUGUAAGAAAAGAAAAUAGAAGCCAUGUUUCGAAGACCUGUAUUACAGGUACUUCAUCAGUUUGUAAGACAUGAGUCUGAAGUAGCAAGCAGUUUUGUUCUUGAAAGAUCUCUGAAUCGUGUGCAGUUACUUGGGCGAGUAGGUCAGGACCCGGUCCUGAGACAGGCAGAAGGGAAAAAUCCAGUAACAAUAUUUUCUCUAGCAACAAAUGAGAUGUGGCGAUCAGGGGAGAGCGAAGAAUACCAAAUGGGUGACAUCAGUCAAAAGACAACAUGGCAUAGAAUAUCAGUAUUUCGGCCAGGCCUUAGAGAUGUAGCAUAUCAGUAUGUGAAAAAGGGGUCUCGGAUUUAUGUGGAAGGAAAAAUAGACUAUGGUGAAUACAUGGAUAAAAAUAAUGUGAGGCGACAAGCAACAACAAUCAUAGCUGAUAACAUUAUAUUUCUGAGUGACCAGACAAGAGAAAAGGCAUAAAAUGGAUGAUUCUUCUUUGACCAUUGUUUGGGUCUUGCUAAGUUUUGUAGGGUCUUGCUGAGUUGUUCAGGCUGGCUUUGAACUUGUGAUUCUCCUGCUGCAGCCUCCUGGGUCUCUGGGAUUUCAGGUAUGCACCACCACACCUGGAAAUUAUAGUUAUUUUAAAUAAGGCACAUAAUUCUUUUUGUCACUGUGCCCAUCUUACCAAAUCUCAUGUAAUAUUUAUGAAAGUUUGUAAACUUUAGAAUAGUUCAUUGUAAUUUUUUUUGUUAUUAACUUCCAUGGAUUACUGAGUACUUACUCUACAUUGAUGAUGUUUUUGGUUGUGUUUCAUUUCUCAAGAUUAUUUACAAUUAUCAAUCUAGUUAUCUUUCUAAACUCCAAAGUCAGUUGGACACUUGCUUUAGGGCAUACACAUCUAAAGGACCUGGAUGUAGGGAUGAAUGUAACAAGACUCCAGUGAUGAAGGAACUCAGAAUUUAGGAUGAUGAGGGUGGGAAAGAGGAUAAGCAGAAACUUUUGCAGCUAAGUAUGUGAGGAGAAGCACAGGAGAAGAUAGGCUAGUCUUUUGUAGAAGAAAUAGCAUGAUCAGAGAUUCAGAAACUUAAAAGUUUUUGAGGCAUUGAAAGAUGAAAAAAGGUGGGUUCAGGCUAGAUGGUAAAGGGUCUUGGAAGAUUGCAGAGAACUUUGGCAAAGGGGAGCCAUAGAUGGUUUGCAAAUAGGGACAUCUCAUCAGAAUUAUGCUUUACAAAGAGAACAACAAAAACAUGGGGAUGCAUUAGAAGGGGGACAGCCUGGAGGCGGUUAGGAAGUUCCUACAGUAAGCUUAGAGAGAGAUGAGUAGAGUGGGGAUGAGAGACAACUUGAGGGACAUCUGGGAUUUGGGUUGAUUCAACAAAUUAUUAGUUUGUUUUCUAGUUCUGUGCCAGAUCCUGAGUUAGAAAUACUAAGGAGAAUAACUUAUAGCUUUUUCUCUUACAUAUAGGAUCUAGUAAGAGAAAAAGCAAUAAAGGAUGAUUUUGAGGUUCCUCUUGGGUACAUACAUGUGUGGAUAGUGAUACUUCUGAGUUUAUGGAAUAGGGAUGUGGUAGCAGAUUUGAGAGGAGGAAAGAUAUUGAGUUGAGUUUUGAACAUAGUUUAAUUGUAAAGUUUUUAGCAGAUAUUUGUUAGGGUGUUGAUUACAUUAAUUGAAUUUGGAAGAGAACAGGGUUUGUUUUUGACUUCUGUUAAACACAUUGUUAACAGGUUUUGUGAGAUAAGUUUCAAAUAUUUUCAGGAUUCCAGAUUUCUGUUGUAGAAAAGAUUUCUAGUUGCUUGUUUAUCUAGAAUUUGUUUUAAUUACAUAAUGAUAAUAUGACAGGGAGACAACUGCUUUUAAAAUAAGUUUUUUCUUGCUUAGAGUUCCUAAGAGGAGAGGCAUACAGUGUGAUGCAGGGCCCAAUUGAGGAAGCACCAGGGUUGGGUAUGGAAGCAUAAAGGAAAAGGGCAAAGCAUUGUUUUGUUUUUCAUGGGGAAGGAACAGGUAAAGCAGAGUAGGCUAGCGGAGCAAGUUUAGGAUUAGGUAGUUUGAAUAAUUUCAACAAAUUUUGAGCUGUAGGUAUGAUCCCCAGUUGUCAGAUACUUGGCUCUCUCUAGGGUAAACAAGGGAGGGGCUGAUAAACCCAAUAGAGGGUGUGUGGAUUUAGAAUUGUUCUUCUUCUUUUUUUUUUUUUUUUU